AUGGAUUCUACGAUAAGAACUGAUGACUUCAAUAAGAGGAGGAAAGCUACGUGGGCUUCAUAUAUAAUCGGUGGGAUCAUAUUCCUGAUAUUCAUUAUCCUUGUAUUCCUUUAUGCAAUCCUCCGGGUUAGAAGCAUAAAGAUCCAUCUCCAAUCAGUGAAUAUCAAAGACCUCGUGACCAACAACAGAUUGUCGCCAGCUGCUUCCUUCAGCAUGUUACUUAAAGCACAAGUGACCAUCAAGAACUCAAACUUUGGGCAUUAUAAGUUUGAGAACAGCACACUUGUUUUAGCCUAUAGAGGAACCCAUGUUGGUGAAGCUGGUAUUGGAAAGGGGUUGGUCAAGGCUAGAUCAAUGAAAAGGAUUAAUAUUGUGGCCAAGGUGAGUUCAAGUUCUUGGAAAAGGGACGACGUGUCGUCGGAUUACAGGGCUUCUUCACAGAAGAUCAAGUUGGCGGCAAGCGCACAGGUGACUGGAAAAGUACAUGUGCUGAAAAUCAUCAGGAGAAAGAAGAUAGCGAAGAUGAAUUGUAUCAUGGAACUUGAUACAAAAACUCAAACCAUUGAUAACAUGCAUUGCAAGUAG